GGCGCCCAGAGAAGACAAGUGGCUCCGGACGCGGGACACGAAGAGCCCGGCAUUACAGUGAGAGGGAGGAGAAGCGGAGGCUUGGGGAGCGCGUUCGCCAUGGGGCUGGAGACGGCGUGCGAGCUGGAGAGCGCGGCGCUGGGCGCGCUGCUGCGGGAGCCACGCGAGGCAGAGAGCACACUGCUGCUUGACUGCCGCCCGUUCCUGGCCUUCUGCCGGCGGCACGUGCGCGGCGCGCGGCCGGUGCCCUGGAACGCGCUGCUGCGGCGCCGAGCGCGCGGGCCCCCAGCCGCUGCCCUCGCCUGCCUGCUGCCCGACCGCUUGCUGCGGGCGCGCCUGGCCCGCGGAGAGCUGGCGCGCGCCGUUGUGCUGGACGAGGGCGGGGCCUCGGUGGCCGAGUUGCGGCCCGACGGCCCGGCGCACGUGCUGCUCGCCGCGCUGCUGUACGAGACUCGCACGGGCGCCACCGCCGUGUGCUUCCUGCGAGGAGGCUUCGAUGGCUUCCAGGCUUGCUGUCCCGAUCUGUGCUCCGAGGGUCCCGCCCCGAUGCUGCCCCCUGCAGGGGCCGAAAACAGCAGCUCCGACCUCGGGGUUCCCAUCUAUGACCAGGGUGGCCCCGUGGAGAUCCUGCCAUUCCUCUACCUGGGCAGCUGCAGUCACUCGUCAGACCUGCAGGGCCUUCGGGCCUGCGGCAUCACAGCAGUCCUCAAUGUGUCUGCCAGCUGCCCCAACCACUUUGAGGGCUUGCUGCGCUACAAGAGCAUCCCGGUGGAGGACAACCAGAUGGCGGAGAUCAGUGUGUGGUUUCAGGAGGCCAUAGGCUUCAUUGACUCGGUGAAGAACAGCGGUGGCCGGGUGCUGGUACACUGCCAAGCAGGCAUCUCGCGCUCUGCCACCAUUUGCCUGGCAUACCUGAUCCAGAGCCGCCGCGUGAGGCUGGACGAGGCCUUUGACUUUGUAAAGCAGCGCCGGGGUGUCAUCUCCCCCAACUUUAGCUUCAUGGGGCAGCUGCUACAGUUUGAGACACAGGUGCUGUGUCAUUGAGGCAGGGCCGUCUGCCUGCUGCCAGGGCCCCCUGAUGUCUGAGGGGCCCAAAGGUGGACAUGUGGGGUCCUCUGUGGCCGAGUGCAUCCUUCAUGUGGUGAGGGGAUGCUACCUCCUCUGAAUCUGAAAAGCCCCAACUGAGAAAUGCAGGGAUGCUGGCCUUUGUGACCUGGUGCUCUUCUGCUGAGGACUUAAGGGCUGGCCCUUAUUCAGGGUCAAGGACAGAGUCUGCUCUCUCCUGCCCCACCUUGGCAGAAAUUAACUGGACUCUACACACCAGACUCUGGCCCCAGUGCCAUGUUGAAGCCAGAGAGCCCCAAGGAACAAGCUGUGACAACCAGGAGCCCGUUUUGGGGGCGGUCCUGGAGCCCAGGCCCUAUGCUCCUGGAGGAGCCAAGAAUUUGGAAGUGACGCAUAUUAUGUCACAUAAAGGACCUUUUGCUUGCGUGUGUCUGUGCGCAAGCGUUUCUUGCCUGUGUUGGCGCUGGAGUUAUUUGUGCCUAACUGACAUUUAACACUCCUCCCCCACUUCCUCCCAGCCCUGUGGGUGAGGGUUGGAAACUUAGCACUUUAUAUUUAUACAGAACAUGGGGGGGUGUCAAUAAAAUAUUUGUUUUGUU